UGAGAGGAUGUUUACUGAGAUGAUCAGCUCCAUUGAGAGAAGGUGCUCUGAGGUGACAGAGCUGAUCAGAGCUCAGGAGAAGGCUGAGGUGAGUCGGGUUGAAGGAAUCCUGAAGCGACUGGAGCAGGAGAUUGCUGAGCUGAAGCAGACAGAUGCUGAGAUGAAGCAGCUUUCACAGACACAGGAUCCCAUCCAUUUCCUCAAGAAUAUUGUGCCCAUCAAUGCGAGGCCUUACAGCACAAUUUCAACCAACGUGACCUUAAGCCAAAACUUCUCAUUGGAACCCCUGAAGAAAUCUGUGACUGCACUGAAGAUGCAGCUGGAGGAGAAAUUAGAGUCAGUCUUCAAGCAGGAAAUAGUCAAGAUAUCUGCAGCAGCUGUAAAGAACAUUGAGAUCAUCGAGAGCAUACAGCAUACUGAUCCUGAACUCCCAGUCAGAAGAACACACAGUAAGGAGGCCCUGCCACCACUUAUGUCUGAUUGUCAGGCUCUUACUUCUGAACCAGUGACCAGAGAAGACUUCUUGCAGUAUCUCUGUGACUUCACUCUGGAUCCAAACACAGCAUACAGAGACCUCCAUCUGUCUGAGGGGAACAGGAAGGUGGAGAACAGAUCUGGGGUCCAUUUAUAUCCUGAUCAUCCAGACAGAUUUGAUAGGUGGCCUCAGGUGCUGUGUAGAGAGGGUGUGUCUGCACGCUGCUACUGGGAGGUUGAGUGGAGUGGUGGGGGGGUUGGUAUAGCAGUGUCAUAUAAAAGCAUCAGCAGGAAAGGAGGGGGUUUUGAGUGUGUGUUUGGAGGUAAUGAUCAGUCCUGGAGGCUGCUCCUCUACCCCCCCAGCUCCUCUUUCCAUCACAAUAGUAAAGAGACUAAACUCCCUCUAGUGACCAACUCCAGAAUAGGAGUGUAUGUGGAUCACAGGGCAGGAACUCUGGCCUUCUACAGCGUCUCUGGAGACACAAUGACCCUCCUGCACAGAGUCCACACCACAUUCACACACACUCUCUACCCUGGGUUUGGGGCUUAUAAUCCAGAUGGUUCAUCAGCAAAGCUAUUGUGAGGCCCCU